CUGCGGCUCUCGCCCCACGUGCUGGGGCACAGCAAGGCGCACGUCGGGCGCGUGGUGGCCGAGCUGGUGCGCGCCGCCAAGGCGCAGGGGCUGCAGCCCGGCCCGCUGACCCUCAGCCUGCGCGGGGACUUCGUGCGCAUCGGCAGCGCUUACGAGCAGCACAAGGUGCGCAGCCCCGACUGCUUCGACGUCCUGGUGCCGCUGCGCCUGCCGUCGCGCCUGCAGCCAGAGCCGGGCCGUGCCGCGGGGCCCGCGCCGAGCGGAGCCUUCGUCUGCGGUCUGCGGGCGCCUGCGGGGGCCGGCUGGCCGCGCCGCUACCGGCCCUUCGUCGAGGGCUUCUGCGCGGAGCUGCAGGGUCGCUGUCACCUGUCCUCCGCGCUGGUGCUGCGCUGGUUCCAGGGCCACUUGCAGCGCUGCCUGGGCGCCGUGCGGUACCGGCUGCAGGAGCGCUGCCGCAUCAGCCUGUCCGCCUGCCCCGGCCACCCGCCCACGCUGCACAUUCGGCCCUGCUCCGACUACGUCUGCUGCCACAUCUCCAUGGCCGUGCGCCUCAUCCCCGCCAUCCCGCUGGGCGACGCGCUCUACCUCACGGCCCUGCCCCCCGACGUGCCGCCGGCCGGCCCGACCCACGAGGCGCUGUGGGGCCUCAACGCCUCGAGGCACGAGCAGCGGCUGCUGGCCUGGCUGAAGGAGCAGGCCCCGGCCUCCUCUUGCCACCUGAAGUGCCUGCAGCUCCUCAAGGGCCUGCGGGACCUCCGCGGGCAGGGCCUGGAGGAGCCCUUCUGCUCGCAGUGGGGCCGGGUGCUCUCCUCCUACGUGCUGAAGACGGCCCUCUUCUCCCUGAUGCUGCACGGGCCCCUGGAAGCUUGGGACGAGCGGUUCCUGGUGGAGCGCCUGGAGGACCUGGUGAUGUACCUCAGGGACUGCCUGCGCAAGCAGACGCUGAUGCAUUUUUUCCUGGGCAACACCAGCCUCCCCGAGGCUGUGGCGCUGCCCAGGUUCCUCAAGGAAGCUGCCCCGGUGAACUUGCUGGCCGCCUUCGAUGGGCCCACGCUGGACCUGGCCGCCUUCCAGCUGCUCUACACCUGGAGCCAGGCGCCGCACCUCAUCAGGACGUACAGCAGAGCCCGGUACCUACGGCCAGCACCCGCUGCGUGUCGGCACAGCUCUGAGGCACGGCAGGAGCUGCCCGGGGAGUGAGGGCAUCACCUGUGCGCCUGCCUGCAGUGGGACCCGCUGAGAUGUUCUGUGGCUUUACCCCUGACCUGAGAAAACUGGGAAACCAAAGGCCAAGACUUAAGGAAACGGCAAUGACUUUUAUUUUUAAUGUCAUCAUGGUGGGUUGUUCAUGGGAGAAUUACAAAAUUUAUGUGGAAGUGCCUUAGUGGGAAAGCAUUACGUUCAGUCGGUUCAAACUGACAGUUCUGGAAGUCUAUCUUAACUUGUCCUAGUGGCAAAACUGACCUUUUCUGAGAUGUGAUUUUUAUGAUACAAAGUCCAUUUGGGAUUUAAAAAUCCUGUGGGUGCAAACAAAACCUCUUACUGUGCCAAGAUGCUCUUAAAAUGGGAUGAGCAUUUGAUCAAUUUGUGAGCAUUGAUCACAGUCUGAAAUGCUCAAUGACAUGCUUUAAAUUUCCUAUGUGAUGUAAUACAUCGUGCUGAAUGGAAAUGUAAUAUGCAUGUUAAUGCAGAACUAGAGGGAGAAGUGAAACUUCUGGUGACAGCAUGAAGAAUCUAGUUGUGCAUUUCUCUGUUAAAUGAAGGUUAUGCUGAAGGAUUGAAAUACAGAUAAAAAUAAACAAAUAGCACUUUAUUUUCACUAAGGCCUUAAUUCUAGGAUAAUUGGCUGCACUAAAUACUGUGGAGAAGGCAUUAGUAUUUUAUUAAAGGGAUGAUGUUUGAAUCAUCCUCAGGAAAACCUUCUUUUUACAGAAAUAUUCCGGGGUCGUUUGUUUGUGGGUUCUUGGUUUUGAGAUGUGUUGAGUAUGAUUUUCUCAGAAUGUGCUCUAGCACAGGGACCAACAACAAAACAAACUUUCUGUUAAGAUUGGAACCAGCCUUCAACCAGUCCACAUCUCACAGAUGUGUUCUGCCUGCUGUGCCCUCCAGGAGCAGUUUGGUGGCAUUUUGGGUUGCCGCCAGCCCUCUGCCUGUGGCACUGAUUUGACCAAAUGACCUGAUGAGGUUCUGUAGUACUUAGCAAAUUGUUAGCUUAUUGGGGGGAGGAGGAAGUAAAAUAUUUCAGGGUACUCGAAAACGGUUUGGCACUUAUGGUACAGUGAAGCAGUCUUCGGCUGUGGGUUCUGAUGUAUUGUAAAUGUAGGCAUCAGCGAGGUAAUUUCCACUCCUUGUGGAAAGAGUGUAUGAGAAUACUUCCCAAAGCCCUCAUAUGGCUGAACAGGCAGCAUCCAGCUGUUUGUUAAACUUCUCCGUUGGUCUUGGUUGUGAGGUUCAGCUUGAAGGAGUGCUCAGGCUGUCAGCCUCUGCGUGGUGUCUGUGUCUUUGGGAUGACAUGUAGGGCUGUACCACAGCAACUCUGCAGGGGUCCUCCCUGCCUGGUAUGGGAGCCUCAUGUCUCCCAGGGUGUCAGCAAAUGCAGAAUUCCAAAUCUUUAAGUUAAAAUAUAGGGUCACCUGCUCAAGUGUUUGAUGUAUUGAAACCCUAAAUUUGUUGCAGAAUUGCUGAUGCUCAGGAAGUUGAACGCGUGCUUUAUUACCACCACUCUGCAUCCUAGGUGAGCACUCUGAAAUGGAUUAUAAAUUAUGAAAUGUAACCCCUGGGAUGCUUUAGGAUGACUUGAAAUUACUAAGACACUCCUCCUCUCCCUGAUGUACAUACUGGUGUGCUUUCUUCACAGCUCUAUGCAACAAAGCACAAAACAUUUGUAAGAUCUACAAAGCUUUAUACAAAUCUAUUUUUCUAAAUGGAAACACUCCCCAGGCAGAUGUUAGCCUGCUUCUGUCUCUAUUUUUUUAACUGCUCUUGCAGUCUUAUUUUCAGGUAAUUAUAGACAAGGUCACACCCGCAAGUUGGGUUAUUUUUAUAUAUGAAGCACUGUGCUUCUUUCUACAAAUAAAAAUAGUGUAUUUAAAGGUAGUAUUGAUCAAAUGUUCUUUGCACAUGGUAUUUAAGGCUAAGUAAGCUACCUUGGUUGUCUUUUUGUAGCAGACCACAUGUACUAUUUUUGCAGACUUGUGUUAUUCAGUGUUUGAAAUGAAUACAGGGCUGUGGUCAACACUAUUGGAUCUUCAAGGACUGGAUAAGUGAUCCAGGGCAUUGUGGCUGCCUGCACACCCAACAGAAACACUCCAGCUGUUCAUUCUGGCAUCACAGCCACUUCAGCCGGCUGCUGGUCUAUUCUCAUUACUGUGCAUCCCUCUCUCAGAGAAGUAAUCCCUUCUGUGAGGGGGAUGCAUGCUUGGUGUGUGUUCUGUACUGGUGGAAGGCUGUAAGAGGCUUGCUAAGAACUCUGUCAUUGAAGUGGACCAGAAGGAAAAGAUGGUUGCGUUCAGGCAAUUCUUGGCAAGGAGAGGUGGUAGAGGAUAGGGGUGGUUUAGGCAAUGGAAGUUGGGCUGAGGAGUGGGUGAGGGUGGUGGCAAGCGGUCAGUGAAGAUGCACUGAGCUAAAGGACAUGAGUAUGGGGCUGGAGGAGAUCUGAAAAUGAGGCAGACCUGGAGCAAUGGAAAAGCAAUUCAACUGGGUGUUGUUUUGGCAGUAUUUCCAAACAGGCUGAAUCCAUCUGGGAUGAACAGUUAGGCAAAAACUCACUUUACUAAGCCACAGAGGCUUAUAUUCUGUGUGUACUCUUGCUCAGUGAGGCAUUUUGAGUUUAUCGUAGAUGGUGGCAGGAGAAAAUACGUGCAUUUGCUUUAGCCUUGGUUUGGGCAAGCUUUCCCAAGGCACUACGUGCAUGCUGUUGGACCAACCUGCAGCUCUGUUCUGCACCUGAGGCAUUAAGUGUAUUUUCUUUAUCCAGUGUAAGGCAGAUGUUCACAAAUGUGAUUGGCAGAAGGAACUGAUGGAAGUUGGGUUCUGGUAGAACCGUGACAGCUGUAGUAGUGGCUGUUGUGUCUUGGUGCUCUCACAGAGCCCUGUCUGCAAGGAGGAGUGCAGGGAACUGACCUACGGGAGGAAUCCCUCCUCUCAGCAAGCAGUACUGCAGUCACGCAGCAAUGUUCUCAGCAUGUCUGUGCUGUGCAUUAAGGUCAGAACCGUGCUGUAAGUUCAGCGUGGCAUCCUCUGUGUGUGGAAGCUGAAACGAAAAUGCAGAAGAAAGAGCAUGUUACUUAGCACUAAUGUGGGCUCUUGGUUCUCUUCAUCUGCAGGCUAAUUUUACAGAGAUUUUGUGCAUGUGAAGUUGUUUUCAUUGAACACUGAGGAGUCGCAUUUGUAAAAGAAUAAGUUUAUUUACCAAAAUGCAUAUGCAUGACUUCUUUUUGUAUUGAAAAAUCCUAUGUAUUUCUCAAGGGCAUCAUUAUUUCUUACCUGACUAAAUGUUUCAGAAACAUUCCUCCUCUUUUAAUUUGAGUCUACAGAGUAAUGUAAAUUUUACAUGUCUGUCUGCAAUGGACAUUUUUGGUACAACUAUUUUUUGCUGGUUAAUAAUUAGACCAAAGAUUAAAGUGUUCAGCUGCUAUUUUUUUUUUCCAAAAAGUGUUAAUAGGCUCAAAAUGUCAGCCCAUUUUAAGACAUUCUUUUCCUAUUUAACAUCAAAUUACAUUUGCACUUUUAUUGUUUCCAUGAAGUCGGUGUUCUUAUUUUAAUACUUCACUGUAGUAAUAAACAGCUGUUGUAAUGCAUCUGUGUCUCAAGAUUUAAAUCCCUUCUUGUUGUUUUUCUUUUGUUAUUUAGUAAAGGCAACUCGCAACCAUAAA